AAACCAGCGUUGCACAAUAUUGGUCAAGGCAAUCGAAAGGGCAGCAUGGAACUCCUUCAGCGACGAGAUAAAUCUAUUGGGAACCAGUACUGGAUGCGGACUGAUGUAUUUCAAGGAAUACGGGAGUACAUGUUCACCCCCCAGGUGAUGGAUGAGAGCCGUAUGGUAGGCCUCUUCACAGUGCCUCCUUUCGUCAUAAGUCGAAUCUUCUGGCGAUAAUAGCUUACCGGCCUUUCUCGAGGCCGCCAAACAGACCUGGGGCAUGCGGAGGAGCGGAUCGAUGCUGGCCAUGGUAGAUUCACAUCCACGUUACUGGGGCUGUGCAGAGGAAAUGGCAUCGAAUCCGAAUGGGAAGCGAGCAUAUUGGCCCUAGUUCUAUUAUAUCUAAUUGCAACGGUCCUUUUCACAGGACCCUUGGCGGGAAAAGUCUUGGACGCAUUCGGCAACUGUCAUGUUCACCCCGUGAAGAAAGGGAUGAAUGACACCUUGAUGCAUUCUUGACCCGCCGUUUCGGGAAGAGUCCCGCAUACCAGCCAUCGUGGGAUAUGGAUCCACUCCACCAUGAUUUGCUGGUUACAACUCUGGGUCAAUCUAAACUAGACUGAGGGAUCUGACCGCGAGCACAGUAUUGGGGGUCAAUGAACAGUCCGGACAAUACGACGUCACAUUCGGCGGAGAUUGGAACAUGUUUUCGUGGUUCCUAUCUCCUCAACUACCUUUAUGUCACGCACACCCAGAGUUCGACUAAAAUGGGGGGAGUGAACUGUGAAUCUCUUCCGUGCCUUAUGACGCUCCUGUUGUCUCCCCAUACAUAUCGCUACCCGUCAACUUCAUGACAGUCUCCCGCAAACCCUCAAAAUGGGCAGUCUUCCCAACCGGCCUAACCACGAGCAAGUCUGCUGGUCAGUCAUCGAUGCCACCGGGCGGCCAAUGCUGGCAAUCGAAGCCAACAAAGAAGGUCGAAACCGUGAGGCAGAAACUUACCGAAAGCUCACCCCGCACAUCAACCAGCCUGGGUAUAGCCCAAGGCAUGAGACCCUGUCGCCUCAUCCAAUAUUAACCGAUAAGAAGUUUAUGUUGGAUGUAGACUAUUUUCACGGCGCACUUGUCAAGGCUGUCGUGGAUAUUGUCGACCGUUGGUGGACAGACACCAAUGCCGACUUUCCGGCUAGAAUGCCACUGGAAGCUCCCGUGGAAGCAGCGCUACAGUGGCUAGAUGAGCAAAGUCGGGCUCAAAGGUUGCCGCCGUUCAAAGACCGUCUCGGAAACUGGAGACCUGAUUUUCUCGUUACCGGCAAUGACAGCACCAUGGGUCUCGGAUUCCAGAUCUGCGAGAUCAACAGUCGCACGCCCGACAAUGUAGUCGUCCACAGCGCACACAAACACCGCAAAAUGCGCCAGUUAAUGGGGUCCAGCCCUGGCCUGCAACCGACGGGCGACUACGACGAGUGGGUGAAAAGCUUACUCGGUUUGUUUCGGAUAGACCUGCCGGUCCAUAUUCUCCGGGGAAGAGACCAACUUGAUCGACAGGCAUUCGUGACAGUGGUGGAACUGGGGACGGGGAUCUGCCCGCAAUUCGUCAAUAUUGAGGAUCUACAGUUGAAGCCCGAUGAGACUUCUGUCACGGGCUAUUCUCUCUUUUACCGAGGACAGGACCCGCCUGAAAAGAUCAAUCAGGUGGUCACGACGCUAUUCCCCGAUGAGUACAGUCUUCUUCCGCAAGAUAUGCUUCGGCAGCUGGCGACGGUGGCUGUGAAUGAUCUGCGGAUAUCACUAAUGGUGAACGACGAGCGAUUCCUAGGCAUCAUAUUACAGGAGCUCGACGAUCUUGUGAAAAAACAUGGCAUUCUGGACGCAGACCAAGCUAGAGUCCUCCAAGAAGGCAUAGUCCCCACCCUCCUACCAGGAUCACCAGAACUCAAGAACUGGAUCCAGACCCACCAACAAAGCGAGAUGAGCAAAGACGACUACAUCCUCAAAGCAGCUCGCCAAAGCCGCGGCAGGGGCCACUUACUCGGAGCGGAUUUAUCGCCGCAAGAAUGGGCGGCUAUCAUGUUGGACAUGCAAGAUCCGAGCAUCCGACCAGGCGUUACAUCCUACGUCCUCCAACCAUACGUACGACAAGUUGAAUUCGAUAUCAUCGGCGAAGAAGACCAAAUCACGCAUGCAAGUUUGAUGGUCGGUUGUUACUAUACCACUAAUGGUCGUUUUCUUGGUCUUGGGCCCUGGCGCUCUAGUACGGGAAAGAUCUGUAAUGUCUAUAGCGGCGGUGGGUGUGUGGGCUUGUAUUCGGUUACUCAGGCGGAUGGGAAUGUUCAAUAAGCUGGAAUUUCUCAAUUAUUGAUUCAAACUAUAGAUCAGUGCUCUCCCGUAAAAUGACUAUCCGAGAGUCAUGGUCAUCAAAUUUACUGGUUUAAGCCUGAAUCGAAUGGGCAUGGAUUAGAUGCGCCUUUAACGAACAGGUCUGGAUCCAACAACUCGGGAUAUAAUCUGCUUCUAUGGAAAUAGUCUCGAGGAACUCGUUAAACACCAUUAAGACAUACACUCGAGUGACCCUCUAUAAAGUUCUGAAAAGGGUACGUACGAGGUAGGCAGCUGGUGCUAGUUAAGGAAAAACUACAAUACAAUGAAACAAGCUCUAUGGUUCAAAGCCGUAACCUUAAAUACCCUGUAUCACACCUGAGUGAUUGCAGUCUUUCGUUAUAUAGUAUCUUCUGUUGAGCCUUCUAGGAGAGUGAGUGAACGGUACUGAACAUAGCCCCUAGAAGUUAUAGUAGAUCAGUUGAAG